AUUUUCAUGAAUUUCCUUAAGAUAGAAAAAAUAAAGUUAGUUUUAUUUUAUUUAUUUUUUUAUUUUGUAUGUAAAGAUAUGAUUUCAACAAUCGGCACAACAACAAUUCAAACUACAGCACCAAACUCGUUAGUCAUGAAUCCUACGUCAAUGUUAGUAGAAAUGAAAAGCUUUAUUCCUCCUUCAUAUACUUUUGAAACAGAAAUCCAGAAGAUAAAGCAAGAACUUU